AUAGCAGUCAGUCAGUGAGAGAGUUAACAGAGCUGGACAUGUAAGCUGAUCUGUCAAUGAAUAACAUACAUAGUUGUUAUGUUGAAGUUUUCAACAGGGCUGCAUUUUGAGGAGGGAGAAGCUGUGCAGAGCUGAUUUUGCCUUGGAAAGGGCACAAAUACAAGGAUGGUUUUCUGAGUUCAAGAUUUCAGUGUCAUUUUUGAAGGUACUGAAGUAACUGCUACCCAAUGCCCUGGUGAAUGUAUCAUGUGGACUUUUCUGGCUUCACGUGAGACUGGAGUUCUUCACUAAAGAUGGAUGAUUUUGCUUUGCUUGACCUGUUGGAAUGUCCUGUGUGCUUUGAAAAGCUAGAUGUCACGGCCAAGGUGCUACCAUGCCAGCACACCUUCUGCAAACCUUGUUUACAGGGGAUACUGAAAUCCCAGAAUGAGCUGAGGUGCCCAGAGUGCAGAACUCUAGUCUUCUGCAGCAUUGAAGAGUUACCGUCCAACUUGCUUCUAAUUCGCUUACUGGACAGUGUCAGAUAUGGACAAAAUGUUACAAGGUUUGGCUCCAUCCAAAGAUCUCGGGUCCUGACCUCUCCUGCCUCCAUCAGGAGAGACAGGGGAGAUCCAAGAGGUUUACAACUUAAUCAGUACAGGCUGGCACCAAAUCCCAGGAUCCAUACGGAAGGGGUUCCUCGGGCCAGAGCCCUGUUCAGCUACAGAGGACAAAACCCUGGUGAACUGAGGUUCAAUAAAGGCGAUAUCAUCGUCUUGCUUCGACAGCUGGAUGAAAAAUGGUACCUCGGAGAAAUGAAUGGUGUCAGUGGGGUUUUCCCAAGCAGCUCGGUGCAGGUUAUCAAACAACUUCCACUGCCACCGCCCCUGUGCAGAGCACUUUACAACUUUGAUCUGAGAGAGAGAGAUAAAAAUGAAAAUAAGGACUGUCUGACAUUUCAUAAGGGCGAUAUCAUCACAGUGAUUAGCAGAGUUGAUGAGAACUGGGCAGAAGGCAAGUUAGGUGAUAAAAUAGGGAUCUUCCCCAUCUUGUUUGUGGAGCCAAACAUGACUGCACGACAACUCCUGCAGACAAAGAAAAGCCACCAAUCCCCCCCAUUUAAAUAUUCAUCACCUUUACGGACAGCCUCUCUCAAAGUGAAAAGCACAGAGUCACCAACCUUCCGAAAGGGGUCGGAACCUAGGAGGAAGAGCCUGAGACCAUUCUCCAUCACAACUGCCUUGAAUACACUCAACAGGAUGGUCCAUUCACCCACAGGGAGGCAGACAUUGGAAAUCAGCUCACCAGUACUCAUCAGCUCCAGUAAUCCGACUGUGGCAACCCAGAGCAGUGAGAAAUUGGAAUUCCCCUAUGGCACCCCUGUCCAGGUCAGCGCUUCAUAUUAUACUGCACCAGGAUCCCUGGGGCACUCAACUGCCAUCGUCACCCUUCCCCAUCUUCAACAGCACAUAUCAGCUAAUAUGUGCGUUGCUCUACACUCCUACACUGCUCAUGGGCCGGAGGAGCUGGAUUUGCAGAAGGGAGAAGGUGUUCGUGUUUUGGGGAAGUACCAAGAAGGCUGGUUCAGGGGGAUGUCAUUGGUCACUGGAAGAGUUGGGAUCUUCCCCAACAACUAUGUCGUCCCCCUUUUCAGGAAGUCGUCCAGUUUCUCUGAAUCCAGAAUGCCUUCCCUGUAUGCCACAUGGACAUUAUCCACUGCCUCACUCUCUUCCCAGGGGAGCAUCUCAGAGAGUGGCCCAAGGCAAAGCAGGCCUUUGAAGUCGGCCUUCAUGCCCACAGCGCUGUCCUCACCACUGAGAAACUUAACUGUGCCAGCCAUCUCAGGACAAACAUCACUGAGACGAGGACGUGGCAGUACAAGGAAGAAUGGAUCACUCCAGAGGCCCGUGCAGUCUGGAGCUCUCACUCAAGUUGUCGGCUCUCUCAGCCGGACUCCAUCUCUCACAGUGCGGCCCCAGCAACUUCAGCUAUACCAGCAUGUCUCCUGUCAGCCACAUGGCACCCCUGCCGGAGGUGGCACAGCAGACCCAGGAGCCAGGUCAAGUGCCUCCCAUGAUGCUUCAUUGCUGCUUGUGCCCAGGGGAGCUGAAAGCAGACCUCCUUCUAGAUGUAGCUCGGUGAUCCUGGAUGCCAAAGAAAUCCCAGCAAAAAGUGAACCAGCUCCAAAGCCACCUCCAUCAGCUCCUCCCUCCAUCCUAGUGAAACCAGAUACCUCCCGGAACAGCACUGAAAAGCAAGUGAAAACAGUGAGAUUCCAGAACUACAGCCCGCCUCCGUCCAAGCGGCACAGCUCACAGCCUUCGCCAAACCAUCCAGGCGGCAAGACUGAGCAGGGAGUCGCCCCAGAGAUGACCCAGUUAGAAGCAAAUGCCCUGGGCCCCGACGUGCUAGCUCUCUAUUCACACCGAAUCAGCUCCAGCCCGAUGCACUUAAGGAGGACCCUGCACCCAAAGACAUCAUCGCUGGACCUUUCUGCCCAGGCCGGGCAACUGACCUUCCCUACCAAAAAGAACUAUAGCAGCUUUUCCGAGAACUGAAAGGAUGGCACAAAGGGACUGCAAACUACUGAAACAACCACUCCUGCCCUGGAAAUACCCCCAAUAUAAGGAAGGUGUUCUGAUACUACAAGGAUACACUUCCUCUCCACAUAGCUCCCAUGUGUGAAGGUGCAAGGGAUGUGUCCACAGCAUACUGCCCUCCAGCAAUUCUCAGUGAUGAAACCAUCUACAGCAGUUCCCACAUGGAAAGCCGUUGUAAAUUACAGAAGCCAAUGGGCUGCUCAGUGCCCAGAAUUUUGGGAACAUGAUCGUGGUUUUAUGCUCCCAUCUUUCUCCUUAACGUGUGCCUAAUGCAGGAAAGCAGUAAUGCAGGAUUUGGCCCAUAAAUAAGUGAUUUUGUCUGUAUAUUUAUAAUAUGUAUCUAUUUAGUAAAUAGAGUCCUUACAAUUUGUGUACAUAAAUAUUUAAAUGUAAUAAAAUCCAUGCAAAGUGGGUUUUUCUUCAUACGCAUUGGCUUUUUAAGAUAUUUGUUUUGUAUCAAUAUCUCAGCUCUUUAAAAAAGUAACAUUUCAGAACUCCCAAAGUGGUCCAUGCUUAGUCCUGAUCAUGCUCAGAUAAGCAAACAAGAGUUUAGCCGUAAGCUUCAGUGAAAACCUACCCACGUCAUUUACUCUGAAUUUCACUUUGAAGAUGAGACUGGGUUUUUGUCUGGCUAGCUUUUAAAUUUUACUGACAGCAGAAACCACUGUUUGGUGUGGCUCCUGAUAACCAUAAAAUGGUAAAACUUGUUAAAAAUAUAAACAUGGAAAAAUAGGUCUAUCUAGACCAAGUUUCAACCAAAAAAAAAUCAUAUAUUUGAAAGUGAAAGGAACCAUUAUAUCAUCUCAUCUGACCUCCUAUUACCAAAGGCCAGAGAAUUUCAUUCAGUUGUUCCUGUAUUGAACAGAAUUGCCAUUACAAUGCAAUGUUGCAGCCAUAUUGUUCUAAAGGAAUAGAAUAGAAACAAUUUUGUUUUUGUUUUUUUUAAUAGAAAUAGUAGAAUAUAUUUUCUUCUCUCAUUUUGUGAUGGGGUGGGAGGGCUUUAGGGAGGUGGACAGAAUGUAUGAUUUUGGUCUGUUCUUUAAAAAUAACUGUUGUAUAAGUUCAGUGAUGUGUUCAUUUUUAAACGUUUUUUUGAUUUAUCUCACUUUCCUCAAGAGGAAGUGAAAAGUUGACAAACAAAAUGUAUUUUCAUCUUUUGUUUUGUAUUAACCACUUAGAUGACAUCAGUUGAAAGGCUAUGGUUUUGGAAUGCUCUAAGUUACUACAAAUUUACUUGUUUAAGUUUAUAAUUCUAAUGUUUAGGUUUGUUGUUUGUAGACCAAUAAAGAGUUACUUUGUAUUGAAUGGACUACUGCAUCUUAUACACUGGAAAUGUAAUUGACAGACUGGGUUUCAGAAUGAGUACACUGCAAAAAAAAAUGGCUCAUUUAGGGUCUGUCUACACAGCAGCAUUAUUUCGGAAUAACUGAUAUUC